GAUCCGUGUACACGUGAAUAAACACUUAAUUUAGACAUUAGGCUCUGCCUCCACUAAAAUACACAGAGCCAAUAGGAAAAACCUACUUCGCGUGUUCUCAGACGUCAUUUAUUUGUUCCAGCUGUGGAUGAUAGCCAGUAUUUUUCGUCUGUUGUGAAAGAGCAGGUGAACUGAUUGCGGAUCUGACACACACAUGCCUGCAGCUACAGUCACUGACUUUCACUUCUGACUGACCGGCUGUCACACGGAGUCUAGUCGCUGUACCUGUGCCUUCAGUCCCACAAGGACAUACACUGAAAAACUUCGCCAUGGGUGAGUAGACUGAAGUGUGGGCGUAGCUGUUCAGUGGAGCAAGGAGCAAGAUAUCACAAGCAUAGUGUCCACAUUCUCACAAAAUAGACGAUGGGUGAAGCUGAAGAUGAGAAGAACCAGGCAGGACGGCUAUUUGAGAACUUUGUUCAGGCCAUUGACUGCAAAAGCACCCUGCAGGCCUUCAAUAUUAUGUGCAGUUACCUGGAGCUUGACCCUCUGGAGCACAGCACCUUCUACAGCGGCCUGAAGAGCAUGGUGACUUGCUGGAAAGCCAAAGCCCUUUGGGGUAAGCUGGACAAGAGAGCCAGCAACAAAGAGUACAAGAAUGGCAAAGCCUGUGAGGGCAUUAAGUGCUUGAUAAUUGGAGGGGGCCCCUGCGGCUUGCGGACUGCCAUCGAGUUAGCUUUCCUCGGAGCCAAAGUGGUGGUGAUAGAGAAGAGAGAUACAUUCUCCAGGAACAACGUCCUACAUCUCUGGCCCUACACCAUUCAUGACCUCAGGGCCUUAGGAGCCAAGAAGUUCUAUGGAAAGUUCUGUGCUGGAGCAAUAGACCACAUCAGCAUUCGGCAGCUCCAGCUCAUGCUCCUGAAGAUCGCUCUGCUUCUGGGUGUGGAGUUUCACGUAAUUGUGGAGUUCAUCAAGCUAGUGGAGCCUCCAGAGGACCAGGAGAACGAGGGGCCGGGCUGGAGGGCAGAGAUCCGGCCUGCGGAUCACCCUGUGGCCGACUUCAACUUUGAUGUGGUGGUGGGAGCUGAUGGGAGACGAAACUCUUUAGAAGGGUUCAGGAGGAAGGAAUUUCGUGGCAAACUGGCCAUCGCCAUAACGGCAAACUUUAUCAACAGAAACACCACCGCUGAGGCAAAGGUCGAAGAGAUAAGUGGAGUUGCCUUCAUCUUCAACCAGAAAUUCUUUCAGGAUCUCAAACAGGAAACUGGGAUUGAUCUAGAGAACAUCGUCUACUACAAAGACAACACACACUACUUUGUCAUGACGGCUAAGAAGCAGAGCUUGCUGGACAAGGGUGUCAUCAUUCAUGAUUAUAUCGACACUGAGGCACUGCUGAACAGUGAGAAUGUGAACCAAGAGGCUUUGCUGGCAUAUGCACGAGAGGCAGCCGACUACGCCACCCACUACCAGCUGCCCACGCUGGACUACGCCAUGAACCACUGCGGUCAGCCUGAUGUGGCCAUGUUUGAUUUCACGAGCAUGUACGCCUCAGAAAAUGCUGCUCUGGUCCGGGAGAGGUUUGGUCACGGUGUGCUGGUGGCACUAGUGGGAGACAGUCUUCUAGAGCCCUUCUGGCCUAUGGGGACCGGCUGUGCCCGUGGUUUCCUGGCAGCCUUUGACACGGCUUGGAUGGUAAAAAGUUGGGCGCAGAGUAGAAAUCCACUUGAGGUGCUGGCAGAGAGGGAGAGUCUGUACCGAUUGCUACCUCAGACAACACCUGAAAACAUCGCCAAAAACUUAGAUUUCUACACCAUAGAUCCAGGAACACGCUAUCCCAACCUUAAUUCAAACUGUGUGAGGCCACACCAGGUCCGCAACAACUAUAUCUGUGGAGAGAUGAAGUCGUGCUCUCUGGAACGGGCCGCCACGAUACGCCGCCCUGUCAACUUGGCCAGAAGAGAGUCUGAGAUCAGGCCGAGUCGGUUACUGAUGUGGUGUCAGAAGCAGACAGAGGGCUACAUGGGUGUGGAUGUGACUGACCUCACUUCCUGUUGGAUCAGUGGCCUGGCUUUCUGUGCUCUCAUACAUCGCUUCAGACCACAGCUCAUCGAUUAUGACUCUCUGAAUGAGCAAGACCGUGCCAAAAACCUUCAGUUGGCAUUUGAUGUGGCUGAGAAGGAGUUUGGCAUCAAGCCUUUAAUCACAGGGAAAGAGCUGGCGGCAGGUCAGGAGCCGGACAAGACCAGCAUGAGCAACUACCUCUCCAAGUUCUACGAGCUCUUCCGGGGAACGCCUCUACCUCCCUCAGAUUCAAAGCGAGAUGGUGAUGCAAAUAAUGAAAAAUGUCCAUCGGGUUCUCCCAGACCUGUUUACAAGUCAUUGAGUUUACUUCAGCCUCGUAAACGCAUUCCCAAGAAUGAUAAAAAGGUUGAAGACAAUGAUGCCAUAUACAAGAGAAAACGGAAAAUUAGUUACUUCGAAGAGACAACCAAAUCCUUCAAUCGGAGUUCUUCUGUGUCCAGUGAGGGGCGGGAACUGAAAGAAAACAAGGUCAAGUUUAUGGCCACUCAACUUCUAGCAAAAUUUGAAGACCGCACCGCAAGCUGCUCUGUUCGCAGACAGUCUGACUCUAAUGAUGAGAGGCCUCCAAAACCUCCGUCGCUUGAUAUGACUGAUAGCCCUCUCUUUAACAUUAUCAAGAAGAAAGUCCCACCACCUCCACCCCCUAAAAAACAGUUUCUGUCCGUUGCCUGUGUACGACACACUGAAGAGCCUUCAGCUCCUCUCUUCCCCUAGCUUCAUUCCAGUCCUCUGAAUCCACGGAGGAAACCACUUCACCCGACUCACACACACACUCACAAACAAUCAGAGGCAGAGAACA